CGUACACAGCGUUUCACACGGUUCCAGUCUCCUCAAUGCCUGUGACAAUGACUCCAUACAUAUGUAUCUGCAGCAGGUACAAUUUUUGCGAGCCUCACCCAGUAUUGAAGGUGCCUUUGUACCACCAUUUUGCUGAGGCUGGGACCAAGGAAGAAAAAGAAUGCCUUCGAUCAUCCCAAGUCAAACCCCACACAUGCCAUGGCUUGCAUGCUCAUUGCACAGCUGUUAUCCAAGCAAUGGCAAAAAGGCAACUCGAGACUAUGGAUAAUGGACAUUGUAAGUGUGCACACACUCAGGAAAAUGAAUCAGCAGCUCCCGAGUUAGAUGGACCUACAACACCUGUUGAUCCAUGUGCAGGUGCAGAGGAAGAAUUACCAGUUCCUGGAUUGGAUGGACCUGCAACACCUGUUGAUCCAUGUGCAGACAAAGAGUUACCAGCUCCUGGAUUGGAUGGACCUGCAACACCUGUUGAUCCACAUGUAGACAAAGAAUUACCAGCUCCUGGGUUAGAUCAAAUGGUGGCAUUUGCUGACAUUCAGUAUGAGUGGAGGACACAUCCUAUCAUUGACAUUGAAACUCUCACACAAUCUGCCAUACUUCUGUUAUGUGCAAUGGACCAUGGAGCAGACCAUCAGGAAUCUUGGUGA